AUGCAGGCAACGCUGUCAACGGCCUUCAGCAUCCUCGUUUGCCUCGUUGCUGCUCCGUCAUCAUCCGCCUCGGCGCCGCAGCCCGCAAAACCGGAUUGGAUAUGCCACACCAAAAACCCCAAGGACUGUUACCCGAGGAUAUUUCGGCCGACCAAUCAGUUUCAGGUCGUCCACAACGAUCAAGAGCUGCCCAACGGGCUUCAUGUGCGCCUCAACAUAUGGACCGGCCAAAAGGAAGCCAAGAUCAAUGUCCCCGGCGAGACGGACGCUUCGUUGGAAGGGUUGCCGGUUGACCGGGCCGUGGUCAUGGUCGAUCCUGCGGAACCGGAAGGCGGCCUUCCAAGUAUCCCCAGUAUCCCCAGGGGAGCCCCGGAGUACGAGCCGGUAGGCAAGGUCAGACAGCCCCAGCAGGAGUCGGGCACCUUUGGCGAAGGCCUCAAGAUGCUCAAGAAGGGAGCCGGCAGGUCAAGCCAUGCCUUUGACGACGCACUCGAGGGGCUCGAGGAGCUGUCUCACGACCUCUACUACGGCUUAAAGAUUGCCGAGGACCCGAAAGCCGUCAAGGCUCUCCUCUGCCUCAUGUCCAGCCACCAAGCCGGAGCUUCGCCGGCAGCUGUCCCGCGAGAUCAGCAGGCUGCGGCCAUCUUGGCCGGUGCUUUGCAGAACAACCCAACCGCCCUGAGCGAGGUCGCAAAGGCGUGGCCAAGGAUGGCCGGCUCCAAGUGUCCCGCUACCGGAGAGUCGCUGCGGCGCGGCCUCUAUCUGAGCGUGAUGCCGUCCAGAAACGGUGGCGGCGGGCCGGAUGCCGAGCGAGCCGUCGCCCGAGUCAAGUCCAAGGUUGCGGUGAUGAAUGGCCUGGUGAAGGACAGCGCCAUCAGGGCCGAGUUUCUGAAGCAUGGCGGCAUGGCUUCCCUCUUGAGGGUACUGAUGGAGCAGGACCGUUCCUGGGCGCCGGCGCAGCGGAAAGUCGGCCAGCUCGUGCAGGACAGCUUUUUGGACGAGGACAUGGGCGCCAUCCUGGGCCAGUGGCCCAAGGGCGCCCAGCUGUCCGACAAGCAGUGCAAGACGGAGGACGCCCAAGCUGCCGAGGGCUGCUGGGACUAUCACGUCGACCGGAUAGUCAAGCUGACCAAGGCCAAAAGGGGUGACUGGAGCUGGGAUUUGAGAGACAGGUUAGCGGGAGCGAGGAAGCAGCAGCGUGAGGCCGACGAGCCCAAGGAGCUAUAG